GUCAAAAUAAUAAAACUCAUAUCUUUUUAUGAAAUAUUUGAACUUCACACUAUAGGACUGAACUUGCCCUUUAGAAAAGAUUGUCGAACUAUAUUUUAGGUAGGAUCUCAAAUACCUAAAUACUGAUUACGAUUCGAGUAGAUAAGAUUUAAGCAAGAUUUAACAUUUGUUCUAAAAAAUUUAUUUCAAUCCCUUUUGGAUAUAAAGUCUAGAUUUUUCCAAUUUAUGAAUAUUAUAACAAUUCAAAAGAAUAAAAAUUCACCAAAAUUAACAUGAUGCAUCUUCUGAGAUCAACUAAUAGGCCUAAUGUGAAAAAUUUUAUUUGUCUAUCAAUAUUAGAAAAUCUUCUUAUUUAAGUAACUAAUUUUUUACUUAACAUGAUCCUCAGCCAAAUUGCGCCAUUUUCUUUGUCAGCAUAAUUAACUCAAUUAUUGGAAAGCUUUUGACAAAGGUAGAUAUCAUAAUUUUAAUUCGUCAACAUUGUAUAUAUUGAUUAAUGACCAUUUUGUAUAAAAAUGAAAAUAAUGAACUCAAUCAAAAAUUUCAUUUUUCUGUAUUUUAUGCAUUUCUAUCGUUGAUAACUAUAAUUACUCAUCAUUAUUGACUUAUUCCAAUUUCAUAAAUUCUUCUAUAACAUUUUCUUCAAAUAUAUUGCAUAAUUAUUAAAGUUCACAAAUUUUAUUUAUUUAAACUGUAGAUAAUUAUAGUGCAAAUUGUGUCUUUUCCAUCUAUAUAUUGUACUAUUAAUAGUUUCAAAUAUGGAACUGUGAUAAAGUUUUAUAAAAUUGUAGCUAGCUAUCAUUUCCACCACAAUACAUGUGUAGUUUCAGAUGAAGGACGAAAAAUAAUGCUUCAAGUGGUAUAAAUAUAAUCUUAAAUUUAUUUUUAAUAAUAAAGUUGUAGUAUGUAAGAGAUCAUUCAUCGUAAUAAAAAGUUUUUACCAGCUUCAAUUUUUAAGUUUAUAUAUAAAAAUUAUGUUAGAUUUGUAUAUAAAUAAAUUUUUUGAUUAAUGAAUAGUUUUUUUAAAUAAUUUUUGCAGAUAUCGUUAGAAUAUAUAUUAUCUCCAAAUCAAUGGUUCUCUACUACAAUUACUCAAUUUGCAAAUCAUGAAUAUCUUAAAGAGUUUGUAGAACUUAUAGAUGCAAACGAUUAAGCUUCUUUAUUGUGCAGUCCGUUCCAUGAAUUUAUUUAUGGAAGUUUGUAUAAAGAACAAAAUAAAAAAUUUAGUAGCAAAUUAAUACAUGAGUUUAUAAUGAGACUUAUCAACUGCGGCGAAAAUAAUGAAAUUUGGGUACAAGUGGACGAUUAUGUGGCCCGUUUUGGUAUGCAAGAAUUUUGUUUAAUCAUUGGAUUAUCACGUCAUGAAGUUACUGUGAAUCUUGAUUUUAGUAAUACUCGACUUAGGGAUGAAUACUUCAAUGAUACAAAAAGAAUUACUAUGGUAAGACUUUCUGAAGUAUUCCACAUGUGUCAAGAUCGAGAAGACAAAUUUAAGUUGGGAUUAGUUAUGUUUGUAGAAUGCGUUUUAAAACCAAAUGGAAGGCACAUCGAUUUCAAAACUCUUGGAAUGAUUGAUCAACUUGAUGAGUUCUUUACGUAUCCAUGGGGACGUAAGGCAUACUUUGUUUUAUUAAAUUCAUUGCAAGAAUCGUAGCUCGAAAGAGUACGAAGAAUACAACAAAAUGACCAAACAGACUGUAAAUAUUCGUUGCAUGGUUAUCCACUUGCAUUCCAGGUAUUUUUCUUUUAUUUUUUUUCCUAUUACAUAUAAUUUAAUCAUAUAAAUUCUUACUAUUGUAGUUACAAUUGUGCAACAUCAUAACACUUUUUUGGUAAAAAAACAAUGUAGGGAUUCCUCUCAUACAGGAAUGAAGUUUGUUAUGGAGAUUCUUAAUGGAAAUGAUAAGCGAUGUCAAGAGAUGUUUCGAAUGGAAAAACAUGUAUUUUGCAAAUUAUGUGACAGAUAAAGAAGUUAUGGGUUUAUGUUCAAGUAAAGGAGUACAAUUAGAAGAGGCAGUAUGUAUUUUUUUGAUGACAUUGGGAUAUGGUGUUGGUAAUAGGAUGAUUCAAGAAAGGUUUCAACGUUCAGGUGAAAUAGUGAGUAGACAAUUUGGGAUUGUACUAGAAAAAAUGAUUGAUCUCGCUUUACAAGAAAUUAGACCACUUGAUAAUUAUGAUGAAGUUCCGCUCUAUAUUAGAUCAAAUUCUAAGUAUUGGCCUUAUUUUAAGGAUUGUAUUGGAGCAAUUGAUGGAACACAUGUUCGCGCAUCACUUCCAACGAAUGAGCAAAUCCCCUACAUUGGUAGAAAGGGAUAUCCUACCCAAAACAUUAUGGUCGUGUGUACUUUUGACAUGCUAUUCACCUUUGUGUGGCCAGGGUGGGAAGGAACAGCGCAUGAUACACGUAUAUUUUUGGAGGCUCUACAAAGCAUUGAUCUAAAAUUUCCUAAACCAUUGGAUGAUAAAUACUACUUGGUUGAUGCGGGCUAUCCAAAUAUGAAAUGUUAUUUAGCUCUAUAUAAGGGAGAAAGAUACCAUCUUCCUGAUUUUAGACGUGUGGUAGUCAACCUAGAGGCUCUCGAGAAGUUUUUAAUCAUGCACAUUACUCACUACGAAGUGUUAUUGAACGUUGCUUUUGGGUAUGGAAAUUGCGAUGGAGAAUAUUACUCCAUAUGCCAAAUUUUGAUUUUGAUAAGCAAGUAACUAUUGUUACGGCUUCAAUGGCACUGCAUAACUUUAUAAGAAGGAAGGCUAUAGCUGAUUUGAAAUUUCAAAAAUACAAUGAGAAAGAAGAUUAUUUGAUCGAUGAUGAAGACUCAAAUAUAAAUUCAAUUGUUGAUGAGGGUGAAAUGAGAUUUAUUCGUGAUAGAAUUGCUAGAGAGCUUAUGCUUAGAUGAACAUUGUUUUUUAUUGUUUCCAAUCUAAAAUUGU